UGCGCAUGCGCGGAAAGGUCGCCAACAGUUGUGACUGUCGAAGUAGGUUGCCAAGCAACCCCGCCCACCCAGUGCAGCAUCAGCAUCUCGCUCUGGGUGAAUGCGGUGACGCAUUGAACAAAUAUUACGGACACGUGCUACCAUAAUGCGCUGCGCAAUUUGAUCUUUCUAAAACGGAGUCAAGCUGAAACUGAAUCGGAUAACGUUUAAAUUUACGCGUAAAGACAUCAUGCGUGAAUAACACACGCACUCAAAGGCACUUCAAGUCUGGCGUGAUUACGUAGUGAUGCUCAUGUCCGGGAUACGGACGGGACGGGAGUCCUCGUGACUGCGGAAGGAAAAGUGGGAGACCAUAGCUUUAUUAUUUAUUAUUCAAAACAAGCGGAUGCACGGUGGGAGCAACAUAGAGAGUUCUUCGCAGCAUGGAACCAGCCAACUGAGAGUUCUUCGCAACUGGUUCCAUGUUUUCAUUUCCUUUUGCUGUCGAUUGUUCCCUUUUCUCUUCUGAAACCGCUGUGCUUCAUGAGACGUGUUUUCCGAGUUCAGGUGGGGGCUCUGAGGCUCUCUAGUGGAAACCCGGUGAACACACACUUCGAUGAGAGCAGGACCUGUCUUGAUUUGUCCUCCUCCGCGGAGUAGCCAGAAGGCCGAAGCUGCUCCGCUCGCUCGCGGAUGCUGCAGCCACUCGGCCUGCUAAAGGCUCUGGGUACCGCAGUGCCGCGGUGAUGGGGAGAGAAGGACGGCAGGUGGGCGAUGGAGCGAACCAGAUCAAGGGAUGUUGGAGAAUGCAGAUGUACGACGCCAAGAAUAAAUGUUGACACAACAUAAGUGUGUCUCGUUGCGUUUUAACAGCUGUGGACUUAAUGUUAGACCCUAACUGCAUAUUUAAAGAAGUAUUUAUACAUGACAUAUUAAACCAAGUAGCAUAGUUCCACAAUUUAGGAAGUUUUUCAGUAGCCAUCAUCAUGCCCUCGCCGUCGGACUCCAGUAGCGUGGCCUCGAUGUCAGGGUCUCGAGCUUUGUCUGGGAGUCGCAGAGGAAUGUCUGGGCGGACCAGUGCGCGUGUGCUGCUCUACCUGGGCUUGUGUCACCUUGCACUUGGGGCCAUGGUGCUGGCCUUCAGCUUCACAAGCCUUGCCUUCACCUCAUCACCCCGUGUCAGACAGUCCUGUCCUUUCUGGGCUGGUCUCUUUGUUGUGGCGUCAGGAGUAGUGGGUGUGAUAUCAUGGAGGAGGCCCUUCACUCUUGUUGUUUCGCUGUUCAUGCUGCUGUCUGCAGUCUGUGUGAUUCUCAAUUUGGCUGGUUCCAUGCUCUCAUGUCAGAAUGCACAGAUGGUCAAAUCUUAUGUUACCUGUCAGGUGGAGAAUAGUCUGUGUCUUUGCUGUGACCACAAGCAGACAUGCCCUCCAACAGAAGAUGAGACACUAGUGCUCUACCAACAUUCAGACUGCCACUCUGUGCGUCACCAGCUCAAGGAUCUGCUGUUCAGUGCCUGUGGUCUUAGUAUUCUCUCUACCAUUAUCUGCACUCUGUCCACGGUCACCUGCAGCAUUCAUAUCUUCUCGUUGGACCUAAUGCAUCUACUGGCUCCUCAUCGGUCUCGCUCUGUUAACCCAGAAUGCACCACUCCUCAGGAUGCAUUUCUCAGUAACAUGAUGGACUUUGAGGAGUUUGUUCCACCCAUUCCUCCACCACCUUACUACCCUCCUGAAUACACCUGCAGCUCAGAGACCGAUGCACAGAGUGUCACAUAUAAUGGAUCAAUGGAGAGUCCAGUGCCUCUGUACCCAACAGACUGCCCUCCUCCUUAUGAGGCAGUGAUAGGUCAAAGGGCUUCCAGUCAGGCCACAGUGUUUGACACUCAAGCCAGUGAGCUGUCCGGAGAGAGAGGAACAUCCACAGCAUUCAGUGGGGAAGUGUCAAUGGACAGUGGCUCUCUAUUGAUGUCUGAGAUUGUGGAUAUUCCAGAUGACAGCUCCCCAUCUGAGGACUCCUGCCUCAUGGAAGUGGGUGUCGGUGUGCGGGGACGGCCACGGGGGGGCAGCGAGGGAGGGGAGGCGGGAGAGUACGCCAGCCUCCGUUCUUCCACACAACAUCCUGAGGGAAUGAUGGCCGUUCCUUCUGGAAGGCAUUGUUUCAGAGGCGAGAGAUCCAACUCCUGCUCUUCCCCAAGCUCGCACAACUCCUCUACCUACAGGUCUCCAGUGUUGAGGCGUCAAGCUCUGUUGGCGAGUAGCUGCUCUCAUUUGGAGUUCUUAGCAGGAUCUAAACCUUCCUCUAUCCCAGAAAUCCGAGUUCGGCCCUGCACACCCUCCCGACGGGACUCCUCAUCUGCAUUCACUAACCCACCUACCACAGCCCCAUCAGGUCCUGCUCAAGACCGGCCGGACCACACAGUACCAGUGCUCCUUCUGCGGCCAGGUUUCCAUGAGCAUACUGGACGUGAAAGAAAAGACAGCGAUGGCUUCUUACCUCUCUUGAGGUCACACAGUGAACCAGGACUUAGCUCUUCAACUGACACAGGUGAUUUUAGUCUCUCAGGAGGCAAUAAAGGAGUCAGUGAGGGGGGAUCCCAGACCUCAUCAGAAACAGGGGUAUCGUCUGGAGCUGGUUUGCUGCCUCGCUCCUCUUUGGCACAUCCUGCUUCCCUACCCAGAAAAGGUAGCGUUAAGGCUGUAAGUACCCGGUUACCCACAAAACAAGUCCCAGCCACCUCGCUGUGUUUACCCAAAGACUGUGCACGCUCACUUGGAGACCUCAAGGCCACCAAGGUUUUAGUGCAACGUUUCCUGCAGAGAUCCAAACGUAACCUAACCCUUGCAACUGAACAUGCUGGAAACUGUACUCAGGGGUCUAAAAGGAGGACAGGAAGUGAAGGCCUGCCGUUAGAUCAGGUGCUUCGUAACUCUCUGGGGACCAACAGGGGGCAGCAGCAGCACGUCCACCACCACUGCCGUGGACACCAUCACUCCCACAGUGACAGUCGCCAUAAUGCCCGUCGCCAUGAUGAUGACCCCGUCAGAGCUGGGGGAAUCCACUUGCGUAGCUGCGGAGACCUCAACUCGACAUCCAUUGCAUCACUGCGCAGACUCCACCCACCGUCACACGGAUCAUCAGGGGCUCUUUACUCAGAAUCUGCCCUCUGAAAUGGGGCGGGGGGUUCUGGAAUUGAUCACUGCUGGAUUUAGCAGAGAAAAUUUGAGGAAGAAUAACAGGUGGGAAAUAGGUUUUAGAUGAGGACUUUACCUUGCAGAAAGGGUGAUUUGAAGGGUGUUUGGAAAACAGUAUAUGUACCAUUGGUGAAGUUCUCAGCUGUUCUUACCGUAAUAAAAGACUGAACAGUACACCAGAUAUAAUGGAGUUCAACCCUUCAGACCUGCUGCUCUCUGUGCCAGACAAACUCUGGUCCAUCUGUUUUAUAUUUCCCUUUCUGUUUGUCUCCAUUUAGUGCUUUUUUUCUCGCUCACUGUUUACAUGGAUGUGGAAAGAAUGCAGAAACUCUGACACUGUUCUUUGUCUUCACAGCUCAUUACAAUACACUCAUGCAACUACAAACAUACAACCAUAUGUUUGGCAGUAACAAUGUUUUGAACUUGGGGUAAUUUAAAUGAAUUAAAUAAUUAAAAGGAAUUAAGGGAUUUCAAUGGAUUUAAGGGAAUAAACAAAAAAAAAAUCAGUAAAAGUAAUAGCAACAUCAAAAGAAACAUAUUUGCAAAUAUUAUUUACAUUUAAAAUAGGGACACAUUUUAUUUUUUUGGUAUGCCUAGUAUGUCGAAAAUGUAAAAUGUUUCAUAUUUUGUCACAUUCAUUUGAAUCACAGAAAUGAUUCAGAAAUUCAAAAUGAAAAUUCAUCAUUGUAUUUUACUGUCAGUCAUUUAGCAAAUAUAUUAAAUGUCAGAUAGUAAAUGUUAAAUACAUUCUUUCACUGGAAAAAAAACUGAAGAUCAGCCUAAGAUGUAAUGUUUUAAAACUUUUUGUCAUCCGAACAACGAACGGAGCAAUGUAAAGAAUAUCAAAUAUUGGGAAGGACAGUUUGGCCAUUUCUAAAAUUAGAUUGUGGAUCAUGGUUACAGCCCUGCAAACAUAAAUACUCAAAUGUGGUAUUAACUCUUUUGUAACAAGAGUUACCACUAAACACUUUUCACUAACUGACCAUAAAUAAUUCAAAAAUCAUCUUCCAUAAAUAACCCGGCUGUUUAACCUUGAAUUGUCUCAACAGCUAGGGUUGAUGCAGCAAUGGAUUCACUGGCUUAUUUAUUUAAUUUAUUUAUUGUAGAAGUGCAUGCAUGCCCCCCCCCCCAAACAACUAAGAUAUUUUAAUUGGAGCUUUGAUCUUUUGCAUCUGUCUGUCUCUCAAGGUGUGGACUCUAGCUUCCCAGCCUGUGUAAUACUUUCCUAGAAUGUCUCUGCAUGUAUUGAGAAGGCUUGUUGUGUCUUUUUGAUUGUACACCAAAUGCACUAACACACACAGAUACACAAACAUGCUUGGGACAAAACUAGAUGCCACUAAUGCAAAGAAACUUAAGGGAAUUUUGGAUUUUAUAAUACAGAUGAUUCUCUGGCAAUAAAAAUACUUGCACAGUUAUGUAGUCAUUGAACUAUUUCAGGAAGUUGGGACCUUCUAUUGAACGAUACCUAUGAAAACUGAACGCUCAAUGGAACUCAGAAAAUGAUCUGUCGAUCUGAUAUGUUCAAGGACUUUUCAGUUUUCUGGACAAUUUGGGAAUAAUGCAUUGGAAAGUUAGCCCUGGACUUCUGGUGUAUCUGGCUCUGUUGUAUUUGGAAAUGGAUGUACAUCUGAAGGAAUAAUUGCAGUUGUCAAUUUGUCAAUUGUUUAGAAGUGCUUUUGAAUGCAAGCUAAUGGCUUUGAAUCAGUAGCAAUGUUGCUAAAUAAUGCAUUCAUACUACAUGUAAAUAACUUUGAUGCACAUACUCUCAUGCUCACACACAUUCUGCAACUUUGAAGCACUGAAACCAAGUCUGGAAAAGAGCUUGAUAUUCUACCUCUUGUAUUGCAUACACUGACAUGUUAUGGCCCAGUGAAAUGUUUUAAUUAAUUUAAUGAUUUUAUGGACUAUUUCUGAAAAUACUUCUACACUGAUUGAUAAAAACACUGUUAUUCUGGGAAUGUGAUGCCUAAAAAGAACAUUUAUAACAGCUCUUCAUGAACUUUUGAUGCAAGUUAUGUAGUUACAACAAUAAAUAUAUGCACAUCAAAUUUAUCACUUUCACUGU